UAUAAUGCGCCAGCUCAGCUUCCCUAUGCUUUGGAUGCUUCUCUCAUGGUAAUGGGGUCUGCCCUCGGGUGUCGAGCUCCUUCUUUCUUUUCCUCCUCUUUGAAAAAGCUAAGCAAAGAAGAGAUCUUUCCAAGUUUCUUCUUUGGUGGGAUUUUCCACAAGUUCUAUCACCUUGAAAGCAUUGCUCUCAUUUCCCUUCUGUUUUUGAGUUUUAACGCUUUCAAACGAAACCCAGAACCAAAAGAUCCUUUGUUUCAGUGAUAAGCUUUAGUUUGAGCUAUGGAGAUUUUUGAAGUUGGGUGCAUCUGGGGUGGUAUUCUUGUUGUCUUGUAUGAGGAUCUGAAUCAGCAGACGUUGAAAAUGCAUCUAGUGUGAGAGAAAUUUUGGGUUUGAAAGUUUUGAUCUUUGUGUUAUAAAGAUCAUCAUUUUGGCUGAGAAACCUUGUUUAGAAUCAUCGAAUCAAAGGGGCAUCCAUUUGAAUCUAUUGCUACAUUAUGGGUUAAAGUAGAGAAUUCAAAGACUGUUAUGAUCCCUGAUUGAAAAAAUGGGCUGUGUUGCUUCAAGGAUCGAUAAGGAAGGAAGGGUUCAGGUAUGUAAGGAGCGGAAGAGGCUUAUGAAACAAUUGGUGGAAUAUAGAGGAGAAUUUGCAGAUGCGCAGUUGGCCUAUUUGAGGGCAUUGAAGAAUACUGGUGUAACUCUUAAGCAGUUUACUGAGUCGGACUCGUUGGAACUUGAAAAUACCUCUUAUGGCCUGACAUUACCUCCCUCUCCACCUUCCCCAUUGCCUCCUUCUCCUCCACCACCGCCUUCUUUUAGCCCUGAUUCAAGAAUGGCCGGUGAAAAUGUUAAAGGAGAAGCUGCCCAAGAAGAAAGCAUAGAGAUUAAUCAGGAUGAUUGUUCUACCCCACCACCUCCUACUGCAAGCUCAUCAUACAAUUAUUGGGACUUUUUUGAGUCUAAUUCACCUCUUCAUCAUCCAAAACAGAGUGAAUCUGUAGAACCAGUUGAGGAAGAAAAUUGGGCUGAGAGUAAGAUGGAGUUUGAGGAUGAAGAUAAGGAAGAGAAGCUUGUUGAAAAUACUGCAGUAAGUCCUCUCCCUGAUAGUUGUCAGCCUGGGGAAAUUGUUGAUGAUAACUCAUCAAUGAUGAGCUGGUAUAAUAAAGACGCUACAGAUGUGUCCAUGGUAGUAUGGAAGAACAAGAAGACGUUGGAGAGAAUUAUAAAGGAGUUAGAUGACUAUUUUUUGAAAGCAUCAGCUGGUGGGAAGCAAAUUGCUGUUUUUACAGACAUCAACAUAGGGAACAAUUCUCUUCCAUGGAAACUCAAUGAAAACAAAAGAAAGAGGAGCAAUUCUGCUAAGGUUUUUAGUGCAUUGUCAUGGAGCUGGUCUUCUAAGUCCCUUCAGUUUGCUAGAGAUGCUGUUGAGUGUGGAUCUAUUGAACCAUGCAAGCCUGGAGCUCAUUGUGUUACCCUUGAUAAGCUAUAUAUUGCAGAGCAGAAGCUUUACAAGGAAGUAAAGGAGGAAGAAAUUGCAAAAUUAGAGCUUGAAAGGAAAUUGAUGUUGCUACAAAGGCAAGAUGAAAACCAUGACUGGACCAAGACUGAGAAAAUCCGAUCAAGUGUUGAGAAUUUGGAGACUGACAUAAGUCGGCUGCAACAAUCAAUAAGUACAACCUGUUCAUCUAUAUUGGAGCUCAUUGAUAAGGAGCUACAUCCUCAGCUGGUUGCAUUGACUUCGGGGCUGAUGGAGAUGUGGGGAAAGAUGUACAAAUCUCAUCAAGUUCAGAACCAUAUUUCACAGCAGUUGAAUUAUCUCACUGAUAAUUUAAGUGUGGACCUGACUACUGAAUCCCACCGUCAGGCUACAGCUCAGCUUGAAACUGAGGUUUCUUUCUGGUAUCACAGCUUCUGUGAGCUUGUAAAAUCUCAGCAAGAAUAUGUAAGAACACUCUGCAGGUGGAUCCAACUCACUGAUUGCCUUGUGGAUGACCAUCAGCAGAAUCAUUGCUCAACUACGGUUCGUAGGCUCUGUGAAGAAUGGCAGCGUGGUUUUGACAAAUUACCUGAUAAGGUGGCUUCAGAGGCCAUUAAGAGCUUUUUGUUGGCCAUCCAAUCCAUAAUCCGACAGCAGGUUGAGGAACACAACCAGCAAAAGAAAUUGGUUAAGCUUGAGAGAAGGUUGGAGAAGGAGUUAAUGUCGCUGACUGAGAUGGAGAAAAAGGUUGAGGGUAGCGUAGCCACUUCAGAUGUAAACUCUACCCUAAGCCCUAAGCAUCCUUUAUUGUUGAAGCGAGCCAAAACUGAGGCCUUAAAGAAGCGGGUUGACAUUGAGAAGGGCAAACAUCUCAACUCAGUCCAUGUUUGCAAGACCAUGACUUUAAACAAUCUAAAAACUAGCCUUCCCAAUGUAUUUCAGGCAUUGAUGGGAUUCUCAAAAGCUUCUGCGCAGGCCUUUGAGGCCAUGCAUGGCCUACCUCGGCCAGAAAUUCCUAGUAAUGCGUCAGAGAACUCGUCAAACUGAUUUGUGGAUUGUAUGAAUAGUUUUGUGCCCGAAUUAGUCAAUACUUCAUAUGUGAGCUGAACUGAGGGAGAGAGCGAGAAUACAAGGUCUUUGCGGUGUUAGAGAAUAAUAACUACUUUGGAUUAAUGAAGUUUGAUUAUAAGAGC